UAGCCCCCUCUUCGCGCAGCCCCCUCUCCCGGCACCGAGACCCGUCUCCGCUUUGCCGCUGAGCGCGAGGGCUCCCUAAACACGGUCCCCCUCCUUUCCUUUUCACUCAUCCCGCGGGAAACACCUGCCGGCUUUUCGUAGUCGGGUUCCCGGCCAAAGGUUCCCUGCAGACCCAUUCACAUUUCCUUUCUUCGGCCAUUGACAAUUCCGAAAGCCCGCCCUCCCGGUCGCGGGUUUCACCAUUCACAAGUCUCAUUCAUAGGUUCGCCUGACACCACACGCCGAGACACGCGCACCCCCUCCCCACUCAUCUCCCUUCCUCCUCCCUCCAGCCACACGCCCACCCUCAGCCUCCCGCUCCAGCUGAGGGGCACUAGCAAGAGCUGGAUGCCUCCUUCCGCCGCGAGCAGCUCUCCUGAUCUCCUUCCCCGGGGCUGAAGCGAAGGAGAUCCCCCUCCCUGCUUCUAAACAAAGGGAUUUGACCGGCGCACGAGGCGAGAGCAGCGGGGAGGGGGGGUGUCUGUCCGGAUGCGGUGAGAGCGGUGCCUGGCUGGGGCUCGGAGGGAACUGCAGAAACGGGAAAAAAGGGCGCCCCCCGCUCCGGCGAGCUUCUACCAUGGGAUGCUGCACUGGACGCUGUACGCUGAUCUUCCUUUGCACGCUGCAGCUGCUAGCUGCACUGGAGAGACAAAUCUUUGACUUUCUGGGAUUCCAGUGGGCUCCCAUCCUUGGCAACUUCCUGAAUAUAAUAGCUGUUAUUUUGGGUUUGUUUGGAACCAUCCAAUACAGACCUCGGUAUAUAGUUCUGUACUCCAUUUGGACUGCUCUCUGGGUCACAUGGAAUGUUUUCAUUAUCUGCUUUUAUUUGGAAGUAGGUGGUCUAUCUAAGGAAACAGAUCUCAUGACCUUUAAUAUCUCAAUGCAUCGAUCUUGGUGGCGAGAACAUGGGCCUGGCUGCAUACGAAGAGUGGUACGCCCUUCAGCUCCUGGACUCAUAGAUGAUAUUUCCUAUGUCUCUGUGACAGGUUGCAUAAUUGACUUUCAGUACUUAGAAGUCAUUCAUAGUGCCAUUCAAAUUCUACUCUCCUUGAUUGGUUUUGUUUAUGCCUGUUAUGUGAUUAGUGUUUUUAUGGAAGAAGAGGACAGCAGUAAAUACUGAUAUACACCUACCGAUUUCUGGAGUCACAACUUUGGGGCCAAAAGAAGGAACCGGCACUGAUGCCAUGCUUAUGUUUAGCAGUGUUAUGAGAAGGAACCAGGCUUUGCAACAAAAGCCCAAUUGUGCAAGACCGUCUCACUGAAGAAACUCAACUUUGUUAUGUUCAACCUGGACUAUGGAUUCCUCUCUUGACAUGUGGCUGCACUUCUCAGUCACCACCUCGGAUUCCUUAUUAGUGUUGUAAAUGAAUCCUUCUUAUAUAAUCUUGAAUUUUUCUUUACUCACUUUUAUGACAACUUGUACAAUGUAACUUUUUCCUUUUUGAAGUUUUUAAAAACAAAGUAGUGUUUAUGGCAUGAAAACAGUGGAGCGUGUGAAAGAGUCCUCUUUUUCCAGAAUUUUACCAUAGUUUUGGAGUAAGACAACUGUACUGUAUUUGCAUGUACUAGAAAUUAUUUGCCAUACACAGAAACACACACACACACACACAUACACACACACACUUCCCACAAAAGCUUUCAGCUCUGAUGAAAUGAGCAGGAGAGAAGGAAAGAAUGAUAAAACUGGGACACAAACAUCCAACUAAAUUAAACACUAGCCUUUUCUAUAGAAUCCCAAUUACAGACAUAUUGUAGGAAUUGAUCAGUAAAAGUGGUUUUCCAAUUGUUACAGUGAUCAACAUCAUUGAGCUCAAGUCUAUGCAUGAUUGGUCCAAUGUAAGCCUCACUUAGUUGAAUUGUAUUUUUUUCCAAUGACAACUGCAUAAGGUUUACAAGACAAUUUGCAUAUGGCUGCUUCUUCCAUUUGUCUUUCUGAUUCCAAGAUGCAUUCCUUGUAGCUGUUGUAACUAACAGCGAAUUAUUUCAUUCUUCAAAAUUCAGGGGAGAUGUGUGUAAUUUGCACAUUUUUUUAAAAAAAAAAAUCUCCUUACAAGGAGCCAAACAUGAAUGUGUACAAGACUGGAAUCAAGGGGAGGCACCAACUACAGCCUUAUAAGCCUCUGAAAAUUCAUGAUGGCCUUAAUGUAAAAGUGAACAGAAGGCAUUCAUUAUGAAGAUAUGUACAAAACAGUGUAAAUUGAUCUGUAAAUAACUUUAGAAUAUGUAUUAAUGUGGCAUUUUGAUUUCUUCCAAUUGUAUAAAAAGGGAGACAUAAAAGUGAUUUUUCUGUGGAUAUUCAGUGCUCUAUGAAUUAGACCUUUGUUCUUCAUCCUUUUCUGGAUACUAUAUGAAACAAAACCUAGUCUUUAUGCUGUACAAAAUCAUCCUGUCUCAUGGUGUAGUCAUUUUGUUUCUCUGGUUCACCCUUGUGCUCAGUUUGGGAAAGAAUACUGAACCAUUCUGAUCCUUUUGUGGCAUUUAUAUAUGAUUUUUGCAGUUCUUUAUUUCGGAAGCUAGUUAGGAUGUAACAUUUCUUAUCCACAAUAUGAUUACUUAUAUUAUUCCCUAAAAUGUGGGUGGCCCAUGUGGCAAUCUCCAGAUUUUGCUCAUUUGCUACUCCAUUCUGCUGUAUUGGGUUUCUGUAUAACAUUAAACUAAGAGAAAUUGCCUUCACAUUCUCUUUAAACCAACCAAAAAAGUAGAUUGAGGGAAACUUCUUGUAUUAUUUUUAAAAUACAACUGUAAUAGAUCACAGAUAUAUGCUGUACCUAGAUAACAGCAAACUGUCAUUUUACAACUUUAUAAGUCAAAUAUAUUUACAAUGCAAACUUAAUCAUGGUUUGUUCAAUUCAAUUGGGCAGGAUUCUUAUGAUACCUUGAGUCAUAGCCAUACUAUAUAAAUUAUGUUCAAACAACAUGCUAAGCUUAAAAACAGUGCCUAGCUUGUGGUCCUUUGUGGUGUUCUCUAUACUGUUUUCUUAAGAAUAUUCAUAUAAAGUAUUUCCAGGAAACACAUUUUUUUACAAAAGAAAUACUUACGUAUUCUUUAUUUAUGUCCUUUUAUAAAGCAAGAUUCAAAUGAUCUGUUGACAACUUGACUUCCUGGUAAUUUUACAUUCUGGAAGCUCUUGUCGUUCAGUGAGGAAGCUUUCUUCAUCCUAUGUUCACUUACUCUUCAGCAAUAUUGUUGUCUGUUUGGUAUAAAGUGCAGCUGGCACUGCCAGAAAGAAAUUACCAAAAAAGUAAAAAAAAAAAAAUAGUUCUUAAACGUGUGGAAAGUAUUACGGUUUUAGAUAUAAGUUUUAGGAAGAGGUGCUUUACAGCAUGCAUUGACACGAGCAAAGCACUUUGAACUGCAUGCCAAGGUGCUGUACCUCAAGAUUCAACACAGCUGC